AACACCCUCACACAACACCUCACACAACACUCACAACACACACUCAUACACCAUGUUGAGUACAAACCGCCACAAAAUAUAUAAUUCCUUCACACACUCACUAUGACAACCAUGCGUGUCGUGGCUCCUUAACAACCAUACGUGUCGUGGCUCCUCUAACGUGAAUGAAAUAGUGAAUAAGGUGAAAAUAAAUAAGGAACACUGAUAAGGAAAUAAUUAGGGCAUUUAGUGAAUAAUAGCGAUAUACUGGUUCAGUUUAUAUAUUGUCCAUUAAUAUAUUGAGUGAUGACAAGUAACGCUAUUAGAGGAAUCAGGAGGAAAAAGUCAUCUCUUUCUGAGGUGAAAAUAGCCGUACUAGGAGCCCCGGGCGUUGGCAAGAGUGCUCUCAUCGUUCGGUUCUCACUAAGAGCAUCGGGAAUACGAUCAUCAAGCAGAACAGUGAAGCCUCUUCGUCAGACACCAUCAGGUGGGCCUGACGGCUUCCUGCUGGUGUACUCUAUUACUGACAGACAAAGCUUCAACUGGGUCAAGAAAAUGCGACUCACAUCAGCGAGAGGAAGGCCAGUGGGCGAGGAGGACUAGGAGGGGCGGCCACCCUCACGCCCACGCCGCCCAUGACCGUGGGUGGGGAUGUAUCACCCAGCCUCGGCCCACCCAUGGUUCUCUUGGCUAAUAAAGCUGACAUGGUCC